ACGAUGGUUGACUAUAAGCCGUUCCCCGUCAAAGAAAUACAUGGUGAUUUCUUGAUGGACGUCGUCGACAUCCUAUUCAAACACAUCGUCUUCACGAAUAAAACUGACAAGGUCGUUUUGUGGAAAAGCCCGGACAACUUGCAAAAUUUAUUCGACCUCGAGGUGCAACAAAACGGCGACGGCCACGAGAAGUUGUUGUCCUUAAUAAAGAGCACCAUAAAGUACAGCGUCCGGACCGGACACCCUUAUUUUAUUAACCAACUGUUUUCCGGUUUAGAUCCUUAUGGUUUAGCUGGACAAUGGUUAACGGAUGCUUUAAAUGCAAGCGUAUAUACUUAUGAAGUUGCACCGGUUUUCACGUUGAUGGAAAGUUGUAUAAUCAAAGAGAUGUGCAGGAUGAUCGGUGCAGGUUGGUCCGACGGCAUAUUUUGCCCAGGAGGAUCUACAGGCAACGGUAUAGCCCUCAAUUUGGCUCGAUACAACUUUUGCUCAAAUAUCAAGAGGAUGGGUUCAUUUGGGGUUUCACGUCUGGUGAUAUUCGCUUCGGAGGAAUGCCAUUACUCAAUCCCAAAAUUCACUUCCUUUAUCGGAAUUGGCGAAGAUAAUCUAAUAGAGGUUCCAACGGAUGAACUAGGACAAAUGAUACCCAAAGAACUUGAAACACUUAUACAAAAACAACUACAAGAAAAUAACACACCCAUCGCCGUUGUUGCUACAAUGGGCACAACUGUCCGUGGUGCUUUCGAUCCAAUUAAUCAAAUAGCAAGUAUUUGUGCAAGGUACAAAAUUUGGUUGCACGUCGAUGCUGCCUGGGGUGGUGGAUUGAUUUUCUCGCAAAGAUACCGUUCGAAAUUGAACGGAAUCGAACGUGCAAAUUCCGUGGUCAUCAACCCGCACAAAUUACUUGCAGUCCCUCAGCAGUGUUCCGUGCUUUUGGUUAGGGAUCCGAAUAUUUUGCACGAAUGCCAUUCGAAGGAAGCCGAAUAUCUAUUCCAAAAGGACAAAUACUACGAUAACACUUUCGACCACGGCGAUAAAUAUUUACAAUGUGGUAGAAAAUGUGAUGUUUUUAAAUUUUGGUUUAUGUGGAAAGCUAAGGGUACAUCUGGUUUUGCAAAUCACGUAAAUGAUUUAAUGGAAAUAGCGGAAUACUUUGAAGAACAAAUUCACGAAAGACGAGAAUUUAUGAUGGCAUCUAAACGGCAAUAUAUGAACGUUUGUUUUUGGUAUUUACCUAGAUAUCUGCAAGGAAAACCGGACAUAUUAGAAUACCGCGAUCAACUUCAUAAGGUGGCGCCGCAAAUAAAAGCUGUAAUGGUGAAACACGGAUCGGUGAUGCUAAAUUACCAACCGUUAAAAAAUUAUCCAAAUUUCUUUAGAUUCGUCUCUCAAAAUUCAGCAUUAAACAAAAAAGACGUUGAUUUUAUUUUGGAUUAUAUAUCUCAUAUUGGAAAAGCUAUAUAUGGAUAAAUUUUUAUUUAAAUAAUAAAAAAAGAAUUUUUGGAAUUUAGUAUAGGAAUUGUAAUGGAAAUUCUUAGAAUUGACACUGAUCGUAAAUUAUAAUAAGUAAUGUGUACUGUAUAAACUACAAACACUGAUUGUGACAAUGAAUGGAGAGUAAAAUGAUGAUAAUUACACACUGAUGCGUUUAAUGAUCAAAAUAAACGUGUUUUCAAAGAAAAUGAGGAGGCGAAUGUACCCGUAAAAUCUUGGUGUGUACGUCUACCUUCUGCGGCCAUAAUUUAUAAAUUUAAUUCAUCACACGAGACAUAAAAUACCACUUAACAUGUCGCAAAAAAUCAAAACAUCAAAAAAACAAAAACAAAAAAGUUUAAUGUUAAUACAAUUACAGAUAAAUAAAAUAAAUGGAAAUCUUACCUUUUGUCAGUUUAAAGAGUUCGAUAUUAAUUUACUGUAUUCUCCAACAAUGGCUAUUGUUUCAUGAAAGACCAAGUUUAAUAGCAAAAGAGACGAAAAGGACAUUUCACGUCGAUAUAAAUUACGUAUUACGAUAUUUUUGGUGUGAUUCGAAGUUCGAAGCUUAAGAGGUUUCGUCUGGAUUUCCGGUUUUACGGUUUAAGUUAAGGAAAUAAGAAGUGCAUAGAAACUAAUUAGAAAGAUCCCUAUGGAACCGUUGCCGUUUCCCGAUAUCCUAUCAAAAACACUACGUACACAUUUAAAGAUUUUUACGACGGUGAAUUUAUAGACUAUAAACGAAUUUUAUUGGUCGAGUUUUAUUAUUUCUAAGUUCUUGUAUUUUCAUGUCAGCAAUUGAAAGCGCCAUUUUUCUUAUUAUGUAAUAAAAUAGCUUCUUGUUUUUCCGUC